AUGGAUAAUAUAGAAGGAUCAGGAAUUACCAAUAGUAUGAUAGAAUGGUCUGAGGAUUUAGUCAGUGAAGGUUCAGGUAGUCAAAAUGAGGGGUCCGGUGAUAUGGAAGAAGAUCAGGAAGAUGUUAUAGCACCAAUUAUUACGUCUGCUGAAGAUGGCCGGCAUACGGAACUGAUUGAUCGAAUUAUUAUUACUACUUAUCAGGGUUAUAUAUUUUGCAUUAUCAAUUACUUCAUCAAUAAUUCUAAUAUUCAGUUUUAA